CUUUUUUUGCCUAAAAAUUUCCAACAGCGCGCUUUUCUUUCUACCUCACAACAUUCAUCACCGAAAGCAAUUCAUCUUUCUUUUAACUCGAGCCACUUCUCGAGGCCCUUCCCAAUUAUUCUCAACAUUAACAAAGAAAGAGAAGCCAUUCUUCUUUUUUUUGCCAUUGACUUAUCCACAUUAGUCACAUCAGUCUUGGUUCUCGCGUUUUGCAAAUCUUUUUUUGCAAUAUUCCAAAUUCCCGACUGGGUCACGUCACGUCUUGCCUGACUUGACAGCAAGACGCGAUAGUUGCGUUACUUGCGCAUCACAACCACCAAGCUUUAAAACUAUUCACACACCUCACCUACACUUCACUUACACUUCACCUUACCAGCUUACUCAACAUCUGACUCACUCUUAUCCGCCUUACCCUUUUACUAUUUAGCGGCGCGAUCCUCUUGAUAGCAGUGUCUUUGGUCGGCCCGGCACGUAUAAAGACUGCUAAUUAUUUCCUUUAUCCCCUCUACCAUCACUCUUAUCUGUUUCGGCAUCCACCCGAAUUGCACUCAAUACACAAUGCCUCCGAAAAAUCGUGGCGCCUCAACGGCGUCGAAUGCCGCGUCCCAGAAGGCCACUAAGACUAGAGCCCCUGCUAAGACUAAGCGAUCGAGCGCGACUACCAACACAGCCCCUACCUCAAAUGGUCGCAGCGAAGUGAAGCAACCUAUCCACGAUGAGAUUGAUGAUGGUGAAGAAAAUGAAAGUGACGAGGGAGAUGAAAGUUUUGAGGAAGAUAAAAUUGUCGAGAAAAAGGAGGAGGAUGAACCGACAAGGAAGCGAAAACAACUGAAAGAAGUGAAUGGAGGUCGUAUGCUCGACAAAAUGCCAGCCCAAGCCCCUCCUGCGCCGAGAAGAGGAAGAGCGGCUGGAAAAGUCACCGCCGCAUCUGUUCUCGUCGAUGAAGGUAAUGACAGCCGUGAUGAUGACCGUCGCGGCACGAAGACUGCAGCACGCGCUUCUAAGCGCAAGCGAGAAGUGGAGGAUAAAGAUGAAGACAAACCUGAAGAGGAAAGCGAUGAGCCUGAGGAAGCACCCAAGGCGAAGAAGCCCCGCAGUGUUCCAGCUGCAUCCAAGAAGCCCGAAAAGCCCAAAGCCAAAGCCAAAGCCAAAGCACCCAAGCCGGCGCCUGAACCAGCGAAAGCGGCCGAGACUAUCGUCAGUACUGCUACCCAGAGCCGCCCCCAGAGGGCCGCACCGCGUACGAGAGGCCCUGGCGCAAGAGGACUACCUUUCAAUGAGGUGCCUACUAAAGAACUUGACGUAUUCGUCUUUGGUGAAGGAUCAUCAGGCGAACUUGGUCUCGGCAGUACGAAACAUGAUGGAAAGAAGCCUAUCGAUGUAAAACGACCUCGACUUAACCACAACCUCAAAAAUAUUGUCGCCUUGGCUUGUGGAGGUAUGCAUUGUGUUGCCCUGACCCAGGAUCAGAAAAUCUUGACCUGGGGUGUCAACGAUGACAAAGCGCUUGGUCGCAACACUUUUUGGGAGGGUGGUACUCGUGACGUCGACGAUGAGAGUGACGACGAAGAUGAUGAUGACACGGGUAUCAAUCCUAAUGAGAGCACUCCCGGAGAAGUUGAUAUCAGCAUGCUACCUGAAGGCACCAGAAUCGCACAGGUUGCUGCCUGCGACUCCGCCUCCUUUAUCCUUACAGAUGACGGCUGGGUUUACGGCUGGGGCACUUUCAGAGGCGCCGAUGGCAUCAUUGGAUUUAGCGAACACGCACGAAUUCAAGAAACACCUGUUCUCAUUCCUGGGUUGAAGAACAUCACUAAACUAGCAUGUGGUGCGAAUCACGUCUUGGCUUUGGACUUGAGCGGCAAAGUGUUCACCUGGGGUAGUGGAGGUCAGUUCCAGCUUGGGAGAAAGCCGGUUUCUCGUCUUUCGGGCCCGAGUGCUGGACUUAAUCCGCAGCCAUGCGGUAAAUUUACUAAGAGACAUCACGCUGUCGACGUGAGCGCUGGUUCUUACCACAGUUUCUACGUCGACAACGAAGACCAGAUCUGGGCUUGGGGUUUGAACAACUACUCACAAACCGGCCUGAGGGAACAUACCGGAGAAGAUGAAGCUAUGAUUCUCCACCCCAAACUUGUCGAAUCGCUUCAGGACCACAAGGUUACCCAGAUUGAGGGCGGACUACACCAUUCGGUCGCUUGCACGUCCGAAGGAAAACUGCUCACGUGGGGCCGUGUAGAUGGCCACCAGAUCGGACAGCCGUCGAAUGUCUACAACGAUGACAAUACGAUUUUCGAUGAUGAAAAGAAGCCCCGAAUUCUCUUGCAGCCUACUGCUAUUGAUGGAAUAAAUGCUACUUUUAUUGCCACUGGAUCAGACACCAGCUUCGUCAUCAACAAUGAAGGCAAGGUUUACUCAUGGGGUUUCUCGGCAAAUUACCAGACUGGCCAAGGCUCGACGGAUGACGUUGAAGUCCCGACCUUGAUCGACAACAGUGCGAUUCGCGAUAGACGAAUUGUGUGGGCUGGUGCCGGUGGCCAGUAUUCAGUUGUGGCGGCUGGGAAAGAUGACGAGGUACCGAACGGCCAUUAGGAGCGCUUUUUAGGUUAGAUCAGAUCUCGACUUGGUGUUGAGGGGGGAAGCGGGUAGCAUACGAAGACAAGAUGUUGUAUUAGUAUAUAUUCUUCGCAUCUCACACGCAUUGGACUCAGGGGUGUUUCGGGUCUGGCUUGAGGUUUUGGCUGGUUGCUAGGCAUGGCUAUAAUUCAUGAGGAUUCAUUAGGAAGAUUCACUUUAUCACAUUUUGCACUUAGCACUUAGCACCUAGCAAUAGACGUUAGGUAUGAGUAUUUAAGAGGGCCUAUUACUUAUUAUCAGGCCGAGAAGAGAAAACCUCGUUGCAUUUCUUGA